AGAGCACGGCAGCAGCGCACCACAUCCAUUCAGGAAAAAGGGGAAGGGACAAGGGGAGGGGAGGAGCCAGGAGGGGUGGGAGUGGGCCGGCACAGGGCGCGCGUGUGCAUGUGUGUGUGAAGAGCAGGCAAGUGUGAGCAAGCAUGAGCAGCGAGGGAGAGAGGAAAGACGAGACAGCCUGCUCCAAGAGCAGAGAGCCGCUGCACCCCAACUCCUGGAGGCUGGAUGGCAACUUCUCCUAAAGACGCCCGCGCUGGCUGCCAUGAGGCCGGCGUCGUCGUGCUCCUGAGUGACCCGGGUGGCCACCGGAGCAGGGCCAGGAGCAGAGGUGGAGGUGGCCGUUCCCAGGGCGAUGUGGCCGCCCAGGCGAGGCUGCGUCCUCAGGUGGCUGGGGCAGCGGAUCUGCAGGAGGACCACAUUCCUCUUUGCUCUCUUCUGGUUCGGGUUCUGGGUGUUCCUCAACGGCCUGGUCUUCGUGCACAGGACCAUCUUCUCCGAUUUCUGCACUGACGACAAGAGCAAGCAGGUUCUCCAGAGAGUGUGCGAGGACUACAGACAGGGCAUCCUGACAGGGGACCUCUGCGAGGAUCUGUGCGUGGCCCGACAAGUGGCGUACAAGCGCUGCCUUUACUAUGAGAACGGCAAGAAGGUGAUCGAGGCGGAGUGGCGCGGCGUGCCCGUGGUGCUCAAGUCCAAGCUGGAGAACUUCUCCUCCUACGAGAGCUUCAGCCUGCUGGAGUACCAGGACGCGCCCGAGCUCUCGCCCAUGGACAUCGUCUUCUACGCCACGCUGGAGAUCAAGAACUCGCUGGGACUGGAGGUGAGGAACGCCACGGUGCCGCGGCUGUGGAGCCAGCAGCUGAGGGAGCACGGGAGGCCGUACUCCCGCGCCGAGCUGGCCUCCCUCUGGUCCCUGCUGCAGCAGGAGGAGUACACCUUCUUCAAGGUGCUGCAGGGCCUCAGCCGGCACGUGGUGAAGGUGCUGGGUUCCUGUGGCCACUUCUACGCCGUGGAGUACCUCAUCGCUGGCCACGCCUGGAACCAGAAUCUCUUCUCGCUAGAGGACCUGCCGGGGCCACCGGGGCCGGGGGGCGACGCCCCGCCCUCCCCCGGGCGCGGGGGCGUGACGGAGAGGGACAUGGUGCACAGGAUUGCCCUCAGCUUCCUCCACAUGGUCCGGCACUUUGAGAACGACUUCUCCCACCGCCUCCACCUCUGCGACAUCAAGCCAGAGAACUUCGCCAUCAGGCAGGAUCUCACGGUUGUGGCCAUUGACGUAGACAUGGCUUUCUUCGAGCCAAAAAUGCGGGACAUUCUGGAGCAGAACUGCACCAGCGAUGAUGACUGUAAUUUUUUUGACUGCAUCUCAAAGUGUGACACGAAUAAAAACAAGUGCGGCUCGAGACGAAUAAACAGCAACCUACAGGUAAUCUGUGACAAAAUCUUCAGGCACUGGUUCUCUCCCACACUGCUGGGAGCCAGGGCGGGGCUUCCCCUGCAGGUAUCACUGCAGCGAGCAGUGCAAGACUGCGCGGAGACAGCGGGGGGCGAGGACGCCGAGUUUAACCAGGCCAUCCAGCACCGCCUCCUCAGCCUGCUCACUCAGCUCCUCCAGGAUGGCCCGGGACGGAGAACAGGGCAAGGAGACACGGAGGGACGUUAUCACACUGCACUAAAUUUCUAAUAUCGCCUAACAGACUUGGCUUCGCUCCGCUGUGCUUGCGGGGCCGAUUUGCUCUCUGUGACAAGUCUCCCAUGGUAACAGAAGAGUGGGACUUUUCAACAGAUUUUAGCACACAUUGUUCUAAAGUUCAGACUGGCUCUUUUGUCUGCGGUUUGGAAUGGAAGGAAGAGGAAGAAUGGUGGCAAACCAUAUAUAUGUACCAUACUACUUUUCAUAGAUGUUGCUACAAUAAAAACAUUUCAUUCCUUGAAAAAGGAAGAGACUAAGACAUUAACUUUAGCUUUGUCCA